AUGUUUAAAUCAUUGACUGCUGUUUUGCCAAAAGCUGGCAAGGCAAAAUUCCUUCAGAAAAGUCACGCAUCCACUUUAGCUUUCAUUGAAAGUUCAAAGGACGGCUCCGUUUCAAGGUCAUCAUUGAGUUUGUUGGCUGCUGCACAAAAGUUAUCUAAUCCAAUCACAGCCAUAAUCACAGGUAGCAGAGCUGAGAAAACUGCCGAAGCGCUAAAAUCUUCUUAUUCAUGCAACAACUUGGAAAAGCUCGUCAUAUUCGAAGAUACAAAAUUAGAUACCUGUCUCCCCGAACAACUAACUCCGCUAUUAGUGAACAUGUUAAAAGGCGGCGACUAUUCACAUUUUGUUGUCUCAAACUCCUCUGUUGGAAAAAGUGUUCUACCUCGCGUGGGGGCGCUCUUGGACGUCCAGCCUGUAUGCGAGGUUUCCGUAAUCAAAGAUCCUAAGACCUUUGUAAGACCAAUUUAUGCAGGUAACAUCAUUUCUACAGUAGAAUGCGCGGCAGAUAAAAAACUAUUGAGUAUUAGGGCAUCAGCUUUUGCUCCAAUUGCGGAAGGCAAUAUGGAUUCUGUUGCUAUUGAGAAGAGAACUGAUAUUCCUCCCUGUGAUUUAGAUGUCACCUGCGUUAAAACUAUUCUAACCAAGAGUGAAAGGCCUGAACUUACUUCUGCAGAAAACGUGGUAACUGGUGGAAGGGCUCUUAAGGAUAAGGAAACAUUUGAUAAACUACUAUCGCCACUAGCCGAUGUUUUACACGCCGCUAUAGGUGCCACAAGAGCGUCUGUUGACAACGGCUUAUGUGAUAAUUCUCUGCAAAUCGGUCAGACCGGUAAGGUAGUCGCACCAAAUUUGUAUAUAGCCGUUGGCGUUUCUGGUGCAGUUCAGCAUUUGGCGGGAAUGAAGGAUUCGAAAGUUAUUGUUGCCAUUAAUAAUGAUCCUGAUGCCCCUAUAUUUAAUGUUGCUGACUAUGGGUUACAAGGAGAUCUUUACAAAAUAGUCCCUGAACUAACUGAAAAACUCCGUAAGUAA